CAUACAUACUAGAAAGCCAAGGACUAGUAAUCGAUCAAACAAUUCAUUCAACCAACGUCAGUGUACAGCAGGUUUUGGUAUCUCGUAUAUUUGUAAAAAUAAGGAAUUGAGUGAUAAAUAUUUAUAGAUAAAAGUAAAUUUUGUAUUUUUAUAUCGCAAUGUCUCUGUACAAGGCAAGAAGAAGUUCUUUGCGUCAUUCGCUCGCAUAUAAAUUAUUACCAAGGAAGACUCUUAUUAGGCCCGAUAGAUUAAAAGGUCGUUAUUUGUUUCGGUCGGCCGUGCGGCGCGUUUUGCAGUAUAUGGAUUGGAUAGUGGAUGAACCAAUAAUUGAGGAAAUUAGCGACGAUGUGACAAUUAAUAUUAGAAUGGCCCAACAGAAGCACAAAAUAGAAAAGAAAUUGCUUACGUUAAAGGUAUUCGACGUAGAUCGAUCGACACUGUUAGUGAGACCGUCUGAAAGAUCCUCUGAGGACAAAACAUACAUAUAUGAUCUUAUAACGAAGUUCCAUGCAUUUACAAAGCAUCCCGACGACUUGAGAGAAAAUCUGGCAGCUGUGUGCAUUUAUCAAUACUUACCGCCUAAUCGGGUGAUCGUUCGUCAAGGUCGUAGAGCGGAAAAUCUUUAUUUUAUUAUGAACGGGGAAGUUAAUCUGUCGAAAGUAGUGAUUGAUGACGUAACAGGUAAUGAAAAGGUUGUAGAUAUGGGAAUUAUGCAUUCAGGGGACAUGUUUGGUGAAGUUGCAUUAUUGCAUAUGGUAUCGAGAACAUCAACGAUAAUCACUAAAACAUCAGUCGAUUUGCUUCUGAUUACUCGGGACGAUUUCGAUAACGUUUUGCGUGGUAAUUUGACGAAAAAAUGGGACGUGCUCCAUGAUGCGUUGGUGCAUUUCAAUUAUUUUAAGCUGUGGGACGAAGAGACGGUACGAGAGUGUUGUAUUCUGAGUAAAUUAACAGACUUCAAGCCUAAUGAGGUUUUGUUAGGCGAUGGAAAAGGCAUGGUGAACUAUGUACAUUUUAUUCUAAGUGGUAAAUGUCGCCUUAUGGAGCAUAUGCUUGUUCGCGAAUAUUCUUCUUAUCGUGGAACGCAAUAUGAAUUAUAUGAUCCGAAAAAUGUUGGUCCACAAAAACAACCACAAAGAAUAUCCAGAAAGAUUGCAGAAUCCGACGAGCUUGAAUCAAAUCUACUUAACAAAUCCAUUCCAAGAUCGGUUGAAACACAGGACGAAGUUGAUCGAUCAAGUAUUGUUACCGCUACACUUUUAGACAUUGUUAAAGGGUGGCACGAAAUUACCGAUAUUGCGGCGAUAUUAAUGCAAGAACCGUCUGUUACAUCUCAAUUGCAUUAUCCGAAUGAUGUUCUUACUAUAUUCAUGCAAAUAUGCGUCUUCUCCCGGGGAGCAUGUUUUGGUUUAGGUGAAGAAAUGCAUCAUCGAAGAAUUGUAGCGAUUACGCCAGUACGAUGUUUUCUUAUCCCGCGUUAUUGGUUGCUCGAGCACAACCGUGCCAAUAUUUGGGGGCGUGUAAAACUGUUUAUGGAUUCCAAAUAUCCAACUAAGAAACAGUUAUUUAAUGAAUUUCUAUUAAAUCAAAAAUGGAUGACAUAUAAGCAGAAUUUAGUUAAAGAUGUUAUUCAUCGACGUGGUCAUUUCCGUAGUAAUACAACGGUACAUGAUGUACCGUAUUCUAUCAGAAUUACAAAUGAAAUACAUUAAAAAGUAUAAUUGUUUACAUUCUUUUCUAGUAAAUCAAUAUUAUUUUAAAUAAUAUAAGUAUAG